UUCCCCCUUAUACUUCAACUUAUAUAUAAAAGCUGUUUUUUAUGGAAACUUUUUUAAUAUAAUAAAAAAAUUUAUAAAUUUUAAACAAAAUGCUGUCUAUGGUAACGUCUUCUAUGCGUAGCCUGGUUAUACGACAGCAAAUAACGUCGGAUGUGCUAAGAAAAGUUCAUACCACCGCUGUUUGUGAGGCGGCUCGUAAGGGCACACGCGAAAAGGCACGCAAGAAGAAAGUUAAAGUGGAAGUGAAAAAAGUUGGCUUCAUACCACACAACCAAAGGGAUAAAAAAAUAAAUCUACAACGUGAAAAUAAACAUGUAGAUGAUUCUUGGAAACAAAUUGCCACCGAUAAUUGCUAUGUGAGUAAGUAUUACCGUUGGCCAGUAUAUACAGUGGCUGAGGCUAUUCAAUGUCAUCGUGAGACACAUCAUCCCACCAUGUACAACGAACCAAAUGCACCACUUAUAGUUGAUAUUGAAUUGAAUAUGAAAGGAGAAAAAGCAACACGAUUUGUGGAUAAUUUUCAACGUAUGGCAAUGAUACCACAUAAAUUUGGACAUGGCGAAGAAAGACGUAUUUUGGUCUUUACCAAAGGCAAUGAUGAAAUAAUGGAAGCCCGUAAAGCUGGUGCAACGUUAGUUGGCGGCGUUGAACUAAUCAAGGAUAUAACCAAUGGCGAACUCCUACUAACAGACUAUCAGUAUGUGAUAGCCCAUCCAAAUAUCUUGCCAGAGCUGGUUGCUUUGCGCGGUUUAAUGAAACGUAAAUUUCCAAAUCCCAAAGCCGAAACAUUAGGAGCUAAUCUCACCGAAAUGAUAAAACGUUUCAUGGAUGGCAUUAGUUAUGCAGCAGCCAAAGAUGAACAUCAACAAGAUUUUGGUUUAAUUACCACAACUAUUGGUACUUUAGAUAUGGAUGUACAACAUUUAGAGGAUAAUUUACGUUCAUUAUUGCAAGAUGUAAAUUCGGUAAGACCAAAACGUGAAGGACGUUUUAUUACGCGUGUCCUUCUUAAGAGUCCGCCAAGUCGUGAACAAUUGAAAAUAGAUGCUUUUCAAUUUGUACCGGAAAUGUAUGAAAAAACCAGUAGUGGUAGUAAAAACAAAACAACUGUCAAACAGCAAGAUAAUGAUGAUGAUAUAGAUAAUCAAGAUGAAGAAGAAAUUGAAAAACAAAAGCAAGCUGUUAAUUAGAA